GCUGGCAGUGUGCUUCCUGUACCCAGAAACAGCCCGCCCUAGGGAGGGACUAGCACAACUUUCAUGAUAAGGCCACCAUAGGCUGACUUCUGAAGGAAGGAACUGAGCAGCACAAGGCCAGCCCGGGCCAGGGUAACAGGUGUUCCACUGCCAUCUGCAGCUGCAGCCCUUUGCAGGCUAGAAGCAGCUGCAGUCAUGGCGGGGAUGAAGACAGCCUCCGGAGACUAUAUCGACUCUUCCUGGGAGCUGAGGGUGUUUGUGGGCGAGGAAGACCCUGAGGCUCAGUCUGUCACACUCCGAGUCACAGGGGAGUCCCACAUUGGUGGGGUGCUUCUGAAGAUCGUGGAGGAGAUCAAUCGCAAGCAGGACUGGUCUGACCAUGCCAUUUGGUGGGAGCAGAAGAAACAGUGGCUGCUACAGACACACUGGACUCUGGACAAGUACGGGAUUCUGGCAGAUGCCCGCCUCUUCUUUGGGCCACAGCACCGACCUGUGAUCCUGCGACUGCCCAAUAGGCGGGUGCUGCGCCUCCGUGCCAGCUUCUCCAAGCCCCUCUUCCAGACUGUGGCUGCCAUCUGCCGCCUCCUCAGUAUCAGGCACCCAGAGGAGCUCUCUCUGCUGCGCGCUCCAGAAAAGAAGGAGAAGAAGAAGAAAGAGAAGGAGCCUGAGGAAGAGGUGCAUGACCUGACAAGGGUUGUUCUAGCCGGCGGUGUGGCCCCCACCUUAUUCCGAGGCAUGCCAGCACACUUCUCGGACAGCGCCCAGACCGAGGCCUGUUACCACAUGCUGAGCCGGCCACAGCCAGCACCUGACCCUCUCCUGCUCCAGCGCCUGCCGAGGCCCAGCUCCCUGCUUGACAAGACCCAACUCCACAGCAGGUGGCUGGAUUCAUCUCGGUGCCUCAUGCAGCAAGGUAUCAAGGCUGGGGACGUGCUUUGGCUGCGAUUUAAGUACUACAGCUUUUUCGACCUGGACCCCAAGACAGACCCGGUACGGCUGACCCAGCUGUAUGAGCAGGCACGCUGGGAUUUACUGACAGAGGAAAUCGACUGUACUGAGGAGGAGAUGAUGGUGUUUGCUGCCCUACAGUACCAUAUCAACAAAGUGACUCUGAGUGGGGAUGUGGGUGAGCUGGCCUCUGGGGACCCGGGGCUGGAUGACCUGGAUGCAGCCUUGAACAACCUGGAGGUGAAGCUGAAGGGGUCAGCACCCUCAGACAUGCUGGAUAGCCUCACCACCAUCCCAGAACUCAAGGACCAUCUCCGAAUCUUCCGGCCCCGGAAGCUGACCUUGAAGGGCUACCGCCAGCACUGGGUGAUAUUCAAGGACACCACACUGUCCUACUAUAAGAGCCAAGAUGAAGCACCGGGGGACCCUAUCCAGCAGCUCAACCUCAAGGGCUGUGAAGUGGUCCCUGAUGUCAAUGUCUCUGGCCAGAAGUUCUGCAUCAAACUCCUGGUACCCUCACCAGAGGGCAUGAGUGAGAUCUACUUGAGAUGCCAGGAUGAACAGCAGUAUGCACAGUGGAUGGCUGCCUGCCGGCUUGCCUCCAAGGGCCGCACCAUGGCGGACAGCAGCUAUGCCAGUGAGGUGCAGGCCAUUCUGGCCUUCCUCAGCCUGCAGCGGGCAGGCGGUACCAACGGAGGCUCAGGGAACAAACCCCAGGGUCUUGAAGCCUCUGCUGAGGGCCUUAACCCCUACGGCCUUGUGGCUCCCCGAUUCCAGCGAAAGUUCAAGGCCAAGCAGCUCACCCCCCGGAUCCUGGAAGCUCACCAGAAUGUGGCCCAACUCUCGCUGACCGAGGCCCAGCUGCGCUUCAUCCAGGCCUGGCAAUCCCUGCCUGAUUUUGGCAUCUCCUAUGUGAUAGUCAGGUUCAAGGGCAGCAGGAAGGAUGAGAUUCUGGGCAUCGCCAACAACCGACUGAUCCGAAUUGAUCUGGCCGUGGGUGACGUGGUCAAGACCUGGCGCUUCAGCAACAUGCGGCAAUGGAACGUCAACUGGGACAUACGGCAGGUGGCCAUUGAGUUCGAUGAACAUAUCAAUGUGGCCUUCAGCUGUGUGUCUGCUAGCUGCCGCAUCGUGCACGAGUACAUCGGGGGCUACAUUUUCCUGUCCACUCGAGAGCGGGCCCGAGGGGAGGAGCUGGACGAGGAUCUGUUCCUACAGCUUACUGGAGGGCAUGAGGCCUUCUAAAGACAGCCCCUGCUCUACCCACACCCUCCAGGGACUCUCCCAUGGCCACGCCCACCUGAACUCUCCCAGCAUGCACCCUGCUGGGCACCCUCACUUGUCCUCAGGUAGGCCAGGGCCCUCACUGGGGUAGAUGCUACCACCACCCAGCCUAGGGACGAUGGGCCCUGAGCCACACGAAGCCCCUCCUCUUGCCCUAUUGGCACAAGCUCACACCCUUGACCUAUAUGUAGUCUCUAAGCACAUGAUGAAUGCCAAAUAUGGAUAAGGAACAGGAAAUCCUGGUUUGAAGCUGGACUUUCUUUUUGCGUGUUUCAGGUUUUUUUUAAUAAAUAAAUAUUUUAUUAUUGGA